GCUCGCCGCUCCCCCGCACCGCGCGCCCGCCCGGGGCCGCAGACAGCGCGCAGCGCAGCCCAGCCCAGCCGAGCCUCGCGGGGCCGCCGCCAGCCCUGCCGGCCGCCUCCCCGAGCCUCCCGGGGGCGCCGCGCCUGCCUCCCGCGGCCCGCAGACAGCUCCGCAGGAACCGGCGGGCGCGCCGCGCUCCCCACCGCCGCCGCGCGCGCGCCUCCUGGACCCUGCUGGCCUCACCUGCAGUCUGUACUCAGUUCAAGGGCUCCAAAGGUCACGGGCACGAUGCUUCGGGUCCUGGUGGGGGCUGUCCUCCCCGCCAUGCUGCUGGCUGCUCCACCGCCCAUCAACAAGCUGGCACUGUUCCCGGACAAGAGCGCCUGGUGCGAGGCCAAGAACAUCACCCAGAUCGUGGGCCACAGCGGCUGUGAGGCCAAGUCCAUCCAGAACAGGGCGUGCCUGGGACAGUGCUUCAGCUACAGCGUUCCCAAUACCUUCCCACAGUCUACAGAGUCCCUGGUGCACUGCGACUCCUGCAUGCCGGCCCAGUCCCUGUGGGAGAUCGUGACCUUGGAGUGCCCUGGCCAUGAGGAGGUGCCCAGGGUGGACAAGCUGGUGGAAAAGAUCCUGCACUGCAGCUGCCAGGCAUGCGGCAAGGAGCCCAGUCACGAGGGGCUGAGCGUCUACGUGCAGGGCGAGGACGCGCAGGGCUCCCAGCCCGGCCUCCACUCCCACCCACACCCUGGCGGGCAGACCCCCGAGCCUGAGGAUCCCCCUGGGGCCCCCCACGCAGAGGAAGAGGGGGCUGAGGACUGAGGCCCCCGACUCUUCCUCCCCUCUCAUUCCCUGUGGAAUGUGGGGUCUCACCCUCCCGGGGAAGAGUUGGGGGAGAGGCUGAAGCCCCCCUUUGGCACUGGAUGGACUUGGAUUCAGACUUGGACUUGGAACGCUUCCCGGUUGCCACGGAGAUCUGAAGGGGGUGGGACUGGCGCCAAGCUGCACAAUUUAAUAUAUUCACGAGUUGGGGGGAAGAAGCAGAGGUCUUCAGGGUUCUUUUUUGGAGGGGGGUUCUCUUCUUUUCUGCCUCCUAGACACGUGCCCUGGGGAGGGGGGAUAGUUGGCUAAGCUGCUGAGUUGGGGUGAGGCUGUCCAAGACGCGCCAAGGCCCGCACGGCCCCUCGGUGGGGCAGGGCCCUGGGGUGCAGAUGGUGGCGCUGAGGUUGGGCGCCUUGCCAGCGGCAGCCCUGAGGCAGGGCUAGGAAGACCACUGGCAGAAGCAGGACACUCCAGCCCCACUGGCUUCCCCAAAGGCCUCGCACCCCGGUCCCCAGGGCAGCUUCUCCCUGGUGGCACUGCGGUGGCCCUCCCUCGAUGGCAUGGUUGGGAGUCAGGCCUGGGCAGGACCCUGCUGACUCACGGCCCUGGAGCUGGGAGCCAGGCUCCCUGCCUGCCUUGGCUUUCCGGGGGGCGGGAGGAAGGCGGGGGAGGAGGAGCCUUGCUGGGCCAGGGGGAGGGGAUGACGCCCUGGACCAGAGAGCAUCCUUCCCUCCUCGCCCUCUCCCAGAUCUUAGCGCCUCUCCCUGCCCCCCCCAGGUUCUAGGCCCCUCAAAGCUGAUGGAGUCAGCCUCACCCUCAUGGGAAGCUCUUUCUGAAUAUCUGAUGGUGGUGAGGGGUCUCCCUUACCCAGAGGUUCCCAGGAGGGACCUGGGUGGGAUGGAUUCUGGAUGAGCCUCAAGGAACGAGGAAGAGGAGGGGCGAGGGCUCGUGGGGUGGCUGUGUUCACUGGGGCUCUCCAGCUGCCUAGUCCCCUCCCCCCACUCCUCCCAGCUGCACUUUAGCCCUAGAGGGGGUGCGGGGCCCCGGGGGAGGGCUGGGCAGGCGGGCAGGGAAGAACGCCCCUCAGUACCCACAGCUGCCUGCGUCUGCUCUUCUGUCCCAGGGCUGCUGCCGGCCCCGCCAACCAACCCUCUGCCUGGGGGUGCCCCGGCCCUCACGGCUAUUCCGACAAGAGCUUCUGGAGCUUGUAACCAGUAGGAUGGACCCCGAGUUUUCUCAUGAAUAAAUUCGUUCAACACC